GCCAUGACAAUUAUCACGUGAAAGCUUCUUUACGGCUUUUACGCCGGGGACGAGUUGGGGUAGAGGACGUCUGAAUAUCGGCAGAAUCUCUGACACCAGUCAUGCCAUUUAUUGAUAUCCAAGGCAAGCUAGGGAUCAACGCAGACAAAUGGCUACUUUUACAGAGUGGGGUACAGCCGUAUCGCUUGGCUGCAAACUGCCAUGCCUUUGAGAAAGACUGGGUAGAAUGUGCCAGUGGCAUUGGUCAGAUUCGUGCUAAGAAGGAGUGCAGUCUAGAGUAUGAAGACUUCAUGGAGUGCAUGCACAGGAACAAAAUGAGGAAGCGCUUACAGGAGAUUCAGAAUCAGAAAAUGAAAUUGGAGAAAGAAGGCAAAUAUAAGGGUCCAGACUUUAGCAAAGAUGAGAAUAGCCCAUGAGCAAGAUUUUAUUGCAAUUUGUCACCUGCAGUCCCGGAGGAGGGAGGUCUUAUAUGGACAUUGAAUCUUAUAACAGCAUUGUGUUCUGCAGAUAACUGCGCUCUCUAUGUAUCUAUUAAAAUGUCUCUUAAAAACCA